AUGACAACGGUUGGAAGGUUCGACCAGUUCGUCGAGGACGGCGACGAGGACUUCCAGUCCUACGUGGAGAGGUUUGAACACAUCCUGAAGGCCUCCAAGGUGAGCGACGAACUCAAGAUCUCAACGUUCACAACGGCAAUAGAAAAAAACGCUUACAAGACCCUGAAAAGUUUGCUCGGGCCGGUAAAGCCUGAAUGCAAAACCUACGCACAACUGGUGCAAGCAUUGCAGGGAUAUUACUCGCCGAAUCCCCUAGUUAUACCGGAGCGGCUCAAGUUUAACCGUCGUUUCCAGCAAGAGGGUGAAUCGGUGGCAGCUUUUGCAGUAGAGCUGAAGGGAUUGGCUGCGUCAUACGACUUCGGUGCAUUUCUGGACGACGCCCUUCGGGAUUGUUUGGUCGCCGGGCUGAGCGACCGAGAAACCCAAGCGCAGUUGCUGAAAGAGAGCACGUUGACGUUCGCAAAUGCCUGCGAUAUCGCGAAGAGUAUCGAGCUCGCACGCAAAGAAAGCGAUGCACUUCAGCCCCGUCAUACCCAGGGGACAGUCAGCGCGCAGCACCAGAAGCCAGACAGCGGGAGACACCCACAGCGACGGGAGCAAUCUUCUGCUACGGCUGAACCAUCGAGAGCAAGAGCGUUGGAAUCAUCGGACUGUUUCCGGUGCGGCUCAGCGCAUGAGUCGUCUACCUGCAAAUUUCGCAAGUAUCGCUGCCGUUCUUGUAAGCGUUACGGACACUUGGCGGAAAUGUGCAGGGGUGGGGCUUGA